AUUAUUUUGAACAUGUUCUUUUUCUCUCAAUAGUCUUCUGAAGCAUAACAAAUCCACCGGCAUCCACCGUUGAAAUAUACAGCUAGCUAGCAAUCCUCGCUAUUAUCGAGUGCGUUACGGACUCAGAGAAAAUUUGUUUCUACCGACAUUCAGCGAGUGAGCCAAAGGGUGAACGUCCUGGCAGAGGUGAAUCGGAAUCGCAGCGAAUCUUGUAAACGGAACAAAAUUCUCACAUGUGUGCGGAUGCGGGUGUACAGAGAGUAGUGGGGAUACGUGGCAGCUGCUUAAUGACACCUAAUGCGUCCAUACUAAUCGCCGGCGCGGUACACAACAAUAGGGGGAGAAGAAGGAGGAGGAGGAGGAGGUGGAAGAGGAGGAGGAGGAGGAAAAAACGCGUCCUCGAGGAACGCGGCGCGAAAUACUCGCGCAACGUCGGAGCAAGACGAAGCCGGAGUGUGGGAGGGUGAAAGUCGGCGGUGUGGUGGUCGUUAUUGAUUGAACGCGAAGCCGCGCUAAUCGCGCAAGCUCGCCGUCCGCCCUGAAUGAAGUGACGUGCUCUCUCGCAUAUGGAGAUGCGAAUAGAGGGACGAUAAGACCUGUGCAGGGCCCACAGCAGCCGACCAACAGCAGCGACGACGACGACGAGAGGAUGCUCCUUCAACGGGGCUGUACCUGGCUGACGUUGAUGCCGCUCCUGUUGAGCUUGUCCACCGGCGAGCUCAGCUUUUAUCGGGAUGCGCUCCCGGAAACGUCGGAGGAUGUCGCGCUUAAGCUAGCUCGCUAUCUGGAGGCGCAUCGUCUUCAGCAGCGUCUUCAUCGGUCGCACUUGCCCACGUUCCUGUCGUCGAUGCACAAGAAGCAUAACAGUCUGCUGGACCAGGAGAAGCGCGAAGUCCUAAGACUUUUGACCGACAAAACGGUCAAUCUGAACCUGAAGGAGAAAUUAUUGACAUGGCUAGGGCAACAUCAUCGUUCGAGUCAGAUCGCAGGUCGGGAACCGGAGUACAUCUUGUCCUACGACAAUCUCGAUCUUAAACGUCCACUGUACACCGAGGAGAAACAGUCGGCCGAGAGCGACGGCCGUUUCUCCAAGAAUCUCGGAUACGGGCAAUUUUUCGAUACGGACAGAGAUAUGAUUGAGGCCAUAAUGGACUCUUUCCGAGAGUACACGGACUUCAAUCACGGGAUGGAAACGUUGCAUCACGAGGGCGGAAGGGAAGCGGCACCCGUGCGUUCGGCGGCAGUGGCAUCGACACCGACCGAGCCAGAAUUCACGUACAAGUUCGACAAGUCGAAUCUUAAGGAGAAGCACCCGUUCGCGGUGAAGCCGAACGAUCCCAGAUACUAUGACGUCGAACCGUUUUCGUCAUCGGAUGAUUUAGAUUGGCAAGACGCGUCGAGAAUGAAUUGGAACGAGGAAAAGACAGCGGAUAAAGGGCAAAUGUUGAUAAAGCAAGAAGACGACAUGCGGAAUAUCAACCAGAAGAUAUCGAAGGAUUUAAUCGCAAGACGCAUCGACAUAUCGGAACCAGAAAGAUCUGCGGGACCUCAUCCGGUGAUCGUACCCAUAAAUCACGAUUUCAACAAUGACAUUUAUUUUAUCGCCAUUGUGGCCGGUUGCAGUGCAGCUGCGAUGUUCGCUUUAGUAUUGAUCAGCUUGACGUGGUGCAGACUGCAACGUGGCGCGAAAGCUGCAGCGGACAUCGAGUAUCCUGCUUACGGUGUGACAGGCCCGAACAAGGAUAUAUCACCUUCCGGUGAUCAGAGGCUCGCCCAGUCCGCUCAGAUGUAUCACUUCCAACAUCAGAAGCAACAAAUUAUCGCGAUGGAAAAUCGCACUUCUGCAACGAGGGAUCCGGGAUCCCUUUCGGAAGCGGAGAGCGAUGAAGAGAACGAGGAGGGUGACUAUACCGUUUAUGAAUGUCCAGGACUUGCAUCUACGGGCGAGAUGGAGGUGAAGAACCCGAUGUUCCAUGACGAUCCCACCCCGGCGACGCCGGCGGCGCAGAGCAACAAAGAAGAGGACCACAUAUAGUUUCAAUAAAGUAGAGAGAGAGAGAGAGAGAGGGUAAGAAAACCAUACGCGCGCGCGAUCUGAAGAAAUCUUUCCCGGUGCUUAGCUCACUGUUAAUAUACCAUAUCGGAAACGUUUAUCUAUUAUAUUGAGUGUAUACAACUUUAAUAUUUAUAUAUGGCGCGAUGAGGGACGACAGGUUUUAUGGAAAGGGCGGGAAGAAAGAGGGAAGAGAUCGAUUCGAUACCAGAACGAUCGACGUCAUUUUUUUCGUUCCGGAAGUAAGAGAACAGAAAAACGCUUAUCUACGGUAGUAAAUGAAAUCGGAGCACGGCAAACGGGUCAAUAAGUGUGCAUUUGCGAUUUUAUGCGGGUGGAUUUAGUACCUGCGGUUCGUCGCGGUCACAACGUCGAAUUCGUGUGAAUCGAAUCGAUCUUGCGAAACGCCGAGACGGUGCUUCUUCAAGGAAGUUCACAAUCCUAAAAAAAAACACCAGUUUUUUUAGUUAUAUUACAAGAAAUAUAUUGUAAAAGAAGACGAUAGAGAGAGAGAAAGAGAGUUUAUAUCGUCUUUUUUUCUCCCCACAUUAGACCAACGUCUGCAUUUCCUAGCACCGAAACGUUGUUUUAUGAGCGGAAAUAACGGAAUACGAUGGGGAGCGAAUUUUAUUCGACGAUCAAAGCCGCGCCUGUACGAAAGAACACCCAAUUUUCUAAUGUCGCCGACGUACUAUAGUUUGUACUUUCAUAGUAGGAGCAGUUCGCCGCACGAUCGCAAUUAUUUUUCUAUAACUCGUCACCGGCCGCACAUACAGCUCGAAUGUCUGAUGAACAGAUUGACAGAUAUAUUACGAUGGAUACGUCCAUCGGAUAUGCGUGCUGCGUGAGCAGCGGUAUCAAAGUCUAUCGUCCGAGACAUUACACUUCUUUGAAAGUAUAAAAAAAGAAAGAGAAAGGAACUACUACUCUUAAUUUGGGACGGUCUAUAUGGCUACUCGAAUCUGUUUAGUACUGGUCGGAUGUAUAUGGAAAGUUAUACAGUAUUAUUGUAUAAUUACACAAAUUAUAUUUCACGAAAUCUUAACUCUCUUACAUACAUCUGUCUUAGGGUAUACAAGCAUAAAUACUACACUAAACAGUGUUCCGCAGAAUGUGUAUCCCCGAAUGCGAAUUAUGUCGAAUUAUAUUUCCAUCACUGCAAAUAUCUCCUUGAAUUGCAACAAGAUUAUGAAUGAGUAAUGUUAUGCGUUUAAGUUUGUGUUGUAUUUAUAUAAUUUUCUAAAUAGAUAUAUAUCGAACGAGAUGACAGAUAAGAUGAAUGCUUGGCAAGCUCGUUUUACAAAGUAACGAUAUGUUAACAUAUGUUAACAUGUCAAGUAAAGAAAUUGUCUUUGCUAUAAAAGAAUUUGUCAAUCUUCCGAAAAAAAAAAUAUUAAAAAUAUCACGCUCUUUAUUAAUUAUAUUUUAUGAUCGCUUGUUAUAUGUGUACUAAAUGAUGAUACCAAGCAGUCUUAUCUCGAGUCUUGAAGCGAAUUGUUUGAAAGUAUACCGUUGUGCGUUUUGUUCUAAUCUAAAGUAACAGUCUCAAUCUUCUGCUUGCUAUGUGAUACAGGAAAGUCAAUAGCAUGAACUGUGCAAUAUACGAAAUGACUUGAGUUUUCUAUUCUUAGAAGCAUUUUUUUUCUACGAAUAAUGAUCUUGGAAAUGUGCUUGCAGCGAGGAAACUGUUCUCUUUUGACAGUUACCGAUAGAUAUGUACACAUACAUGCGCAAACACAUACACGUACAGAAACAUAUGAUAUAUAUAUAUAUAUAUACACACACGUAUAACAUUUGUUGGCUUAAAAGGACAAUAUAUUUUAUUUUUCUAUUGAAUAAUGGUCAUUGUUAGCUGUGUAAAGAGAUUCUAAUCGCUAUUAAUCCUAAGUCAAAUGCAGAGCUAUACUAUAUUUAUUUUAGUGAAAUGUUAAAUGUCUAUUUAAUGCGAGGAUUUUAAUGCAGAGCUAACGGGAGGUGUGCUCUCCUCUCCGUCUUGCGUUGUAGCUGUGUUACAAAAAAAAAAAUCCCUUCUCUAUUCGCCGUUUACGCUAAACGCAAUACAAGGCAUGUGGCAUAAGAUCUCUAAGUGGUAUAAAGAGUUCUUCCUUUUCCCGCGACGCUGAUACUUAGUGCGUAUUAAGCGAUUAAUGUAUCUUUAGCUGAUGAGUGUGAACGAAUAUGUUAUAUUAAGGCAUGAGUAUACGUUUCUAGUCUUUGUGCCGACACUAUACAACAUAUAAUUAUUACACGAGUACAUUUAAACGUAUAAAAAAAAAAGCAGAGAAACACUAUGAAAGGACAAUCUGCGUACAAAUAGACUAUAUAUUGCGUAUAGCGAUUUGUAGCAUGAUUGUGCAUCUAUCCCCCCCACCCCACCCCCCGCCUCUCAUCCGGAGAGCAGGGAAUUAUUUAUUGUCGAUUGAAUUAAAACUUAAUCCUGA